UGUCUCUCCCCCCCCCCCCAUCUUCUUCUUGAAACCUCGCUCUGACCAACACAACAUGGCUUUCGAUGGUUUUGUCUCCGACUAUACCAAGGACAUGCAAACCCUUGCUCUAAACAACCCCCCACCGUCAGCUGCCGAGCUCGAUCACCGGGAAAGAGCCAAAUGCAAGGCCGAGAUAAUGGGGCACCCCAUGUACGACCAGUUGUUGGAAGCUCACGUCGCCUGCCUGCGUGUUGCCACUCCUGUUGACCAGCUCGCUCAGAUCGAUGCUCAGUUGGCUAGGUCACAAGAAGUCUUGGCUAAGUACUCCCCGGCCGCCGCCGCCGCCGGUUUUGCUGAGGAAGAUCUCGAUCACUUCAUGGCAAAUUAUGUUCUAUUGCUUGGUUUCUUCAAAGACCAACUGCAACAACAUGUUCGUGUUCAUGCAAUGGAAGCAGUUAUGGCUUGUUGGGAUCUUGAGCAAUCACUUCAAAGUUUAACAGGUGUAUCUCCAGGUGAAGGCACCGGUGCAACCAUGUCUGAUGACGAAGAUGAAGCUGUAGAUGGUGACGCUAGUUUGUUUGAUGGAAGUUUCGAUGGCUUUGACAGCAUGGGGUUCGGUCCCCUUGUCCCGACUGAGACCGAGAGAUCAUUAAUGGAGCGUGUUAGGCAAGAACUGAAGCACGAGCUGAAACAGGGUUACAAAGAGAAAAUUGUGGACAUUAGAGAGGAGAUUCUGCGUAAGAGACGAGCCGGAAAGCUACCGGGCGACACCACCUCGUCUUUAAAAGCUUGGUGGCAGUCACAUUCCAAGUGGCCUUACCCAACUGAGGAAGACAAAGCAAAACUAGCUCAGGAAACAGGCUUGCAGUUGAAGCAAAUUAACAACUGGUUCAUAAACCAGAGGAAAAGGAAUUGGCACAGUAACUCCUCUACCUCUCUGAAGAGCAAACGUAAGAGAUAACUCCAUGUUUUGAUGUUCCACUGUGCAUCUGUUCAUAGUAGAGGGAGUUGAGUAUGACACUGUUGCAAUGGGAAUGACUAGCAUCGCUUUUCAGCUUUACAAAAUGCAAGACGUGAGCAGUGAGCACCAGUCAGUUCCAGGUCUAUGGUUACAAUGUUGUUUUAGAUCCUUAAUUUAGAGACUGGUAAAAAUAUCGAGUCCUCUGCAUAAUGAUGAAUGAGCAUUGUUGUUGGACGGUUCUGGGCUCAUGUUUUCAUAUAUGUGGACAGUAUUGGCGUUUAUGUC